CAUCUUUACGUGAGCGAGAACGGAAGGCACUUGCAAAUCAUAUUAUUGAACGUGUUAAAGUUCAGUUGGAGGAUUCUACAUUGCAACAAAAAAUUUUGGACCAAUCUAUUAUUGAUCUUGAAAGAAUUGUUGAUGCUAAAUCGGCAUAG